AAAGGAAUUUCCUCUCGCUGCGGUUGCUGGGUCUCGCAUAAACUCACUCCGCGUACAAAGACCCUUGUUAGCCUUGCAUCUCGUUCUCGAGAGAGAUAGAGAAGAAAGAACGAAGCAGAUAGAAAGAUGUCAGACGCGUUCUGCAGCGACUGCAAGAGGCACACGGAGGUUGUGUUCGACCACUCCGCGGGCGACACGGUGUGCUCGGAGUGCGGCCUCGUCCUGGAGUCUCACUCCAUUGACGAGACCUCCGAGUGGCGUACCUUCGCCAACGAGUCCGGCGACAACGAUCCUGUCCGUGUCGGCGGCCCCACCAAUCCCCUCCUCACCGACGGCGGCCUUUCCACUGUCAUCGCCAAGCCCAACGGCGGCUCCGGCGAGUUCCUCUCCUCCUCCCUCGGCCGCUGGCAGAACCGCGGCUCCAACCCCGAUCGCGCCCUCAUCCUCGCAUUCAAGACCAUCGCCACCAUGUCCGACAGGUUGGGACUCGUCGCGACCAUCAAGGAUCGAGCAAAUGAGAUAUAUAAGAGGGUUGAAGAUCAAAAGUCUAGUAGAGGAAGAAAUCAAGAUGCUUUAUUGGCUGCUUGUCUCUACAUUGCUUGCCGACAAGAAGACAAACCUCGUACUGUAAAGGAAAUUUGCUCUGUUGCCAAUGGGGCCACAAAGAAGGAAAUUGGCCGAGCAAAAGAAUACAUUGUAAAACAACUGGGUUUGGAGAAUGGGCAGUCUGUGGAGAUGGGUACCAUACAUGCAGGGGACUUUAUGAGGCGAUUCUGUUCUAAUCUUGGUAUGAAUAAUCAAGCUGUUAAAGCUGCUCAGGAAGCUGUGCAGAAAUCAGAAGAAUUUGAUAUAAGGAGGAGUCCCAUAUCAAUUGCUGCAGCAGUUAUAUAUAUCAUAACUCAACUUUCUGAUGAUAAGAAACCUCUCAAAGAUAUAUCGAUUGCUACAGGUGUUGCUGAAGGAACGAUUAGGAACUCCUACAAGGAUCUCUAUCCCCAUGUUUCAAAAAUAAUACCAAAUUGGUAUGCCAAGGAGGAGGAUUUAAAGAACCUUUGCAGCCCUUGAAUUGUAGAGCAAAAUAUUACCAUCCAUAUUUUUAACAAGUUAUAUGUCAUUACUCAUUAGAGCAUUCUGUUUCGGAUGUAACUGAACUGUUCAUGAAAAAUGGAAGUUCCUUUUUUAGUUGUCAUUUCUUGCCGUCAAUAGCAUCAUUUUUUAAACCCUCCCAAAUUUGAAUACUCGUUGGGAGCGAGACAACAUACAAUGUAUGAAUUUCUUGACUCUGGUGCAACACCAUUGAGUAAUGCUGUCCAAGCGAUGGACCCGCAUGCAAAAGUUGAGUUAUUUUUUGCUGUCAUGUAAUCGGCUUUUCUUGA